GUUUACGAAAUGUAUGCUGCACUUGGCUGUGCUAUUUUUAAUAUUUGCCCAUCCAUCAGCUGUCCAUGGAUCUAAUGAAAACAAUGGAUCCCUGACACAGCACACACAAAAUAAUUUUGAAACAUUUUUGCAAAAUUUCGAAGAUUUUGUUGCUUUAAACGGAGUUAGCCGGGAUGUGUGUCCCGAUGAACCAGAAGCAUCACCGCUGGACGAUUUCCCAGAAUUGUUUACAGUUGAACAAUUGCGUCAAGGCUGGGUUGUUCUGCAUGUCUUUGGCGCUAUUUACUUCUUUAUUUUAUUGGCCACUAUUUGUAAUGACUAUUUCUUACCCACCGUCGAAUGUAUUUGUGAGGAUUUGAAUUUGUCCAAAGAUGUGGCUGCCGCCACCUUUAUGGCCACCGCCACAUCUAUGCCGGAAUUCUUUACCAACACCAUCAGUACCUUGUUAACAAACUCGGAUAUGGGUUUGGGUACAAUUAUCGGAUCACUUAUGUUCAACACCCUGGGCGUAGCCAGUGUGGCUGCAUUGGCCAUCAACAAGCCUGUCCAAUUGGAUUGGUGGCCCAUUGUACGCGAUUGUUUCAUCUAUGGCUUGAAUACAAUUAUUCUAAUUGUAUUGGCUUGGGGUGGUAACAUUACAUUUGUGGAAUCCUGUGUAAUGAUGGGCUUCCUGGUGAUAUAUUAUUUGGUUACGUUCAACAACAACAAAUUCAUGCCUGCCAUACGAGUAUUUGUGGAAGACAAAUUGAAUUGCUGCAUCUCAACAAGAUACGAUCUCACCGAACCUCCAGAGAACAGUGCCAAGGCUAAAUUGCCUUUGAAAAAGGAUCCAUUGACUGGUAAUGGUUUGUUUGUGGUUAACUUACCAGAAAAUACCAAUUCCAUGUCGUCGCGUGUCCAACUUACACACUCCAAGAGCUGGGAUGGCGAAGAAGCAUCUAUGGAACUGCCAGCUAAACUAUUCGCAUUGCCUCGCGGUGAAUCUAAAGUCAUGAAAUUCUGGUGGGCAUUCACAUUCCCAAUUAAAUUUGUCCUGAGAUGUAUUAUUCCUCAUCCAGUCCAGUACCGUAAAUUGUAUCCACUUUCGUUCAUAAUGUGCAUCGUUUGUAUUGGCGUUAAUGCUUACAUGAUUGUCUGGACCUUAACAGCCUUCGGUGUUGCAAUUGGAGUACCAACAAUUAUUAUGGGUCUCACCUUCUUGGCUGCUGGUUCCACAACACCUGAAGCUGUUUCCAGUGUAAUAUCUCUAAGAAAUGGUGAAAGUGGUAUUGGUGUAUCGAAUUCUCUUGGUGCCAACUCCUUGGCCAUUCUCUUGUCAUUGGGUGUACCAUGGUUCAUUAAAAAUUGCAUUCAUUUUGGCGAAGCUCAAAACAUGAUCAAUGUCGCUGCCCAGGGCAUCGAGUACAGCAUAUUCAUUUUGAUGCUUUGUACUUUGGCGCUUUUCCUUGGUCUCAGCUUUACCGGCUAUCGUCUCACCAAACGACUAGGCGCUAUUUUACUCACAGUCUAUACCGUAUUCAUAGUGUUGCAGAUCUUGAUCGAAAUGAAUGUAUUCUUCCCCAAGAAAUGCUAACGCCAAUCUAUCUAAGUAUUUU